UCACUCUUUUGAAUAUACUUUGCAUUUUUCUGAUGGCUGUCUUAGUUAUGAAAAUAAAAGAAGUGGCACCCAAAACCAGCACUGCAACAAAUCAUCAGUUUUGGAAGAAUGACAUUAAGGUUGCCAGAGAGUACUAUGAUGUGAUUGGAGGAAAGGCACAGGGACAAAACAUUGGCAAGAAAUUGUUCCAAGAUUUUCAAGAAAAUCUAAGGAAACUAGACCACGGUGUAGGGUCAGGUACAGACACACUGAAAGGUCGUGAAGCUGCCUGUGUUGCUAGAGACUUUAAAGCAUUACUCAGUGCACUAGAGAGUGAGCCCUCUUAUCAGGAUAUUGUCCAACAACUGAAUGAACCACAACUGAAUGUAUCAAAUCAAAUACCAACAUCACCAAGUGAACCAGAAUGGUUAGGAAAUUUAGGCUGGCAGUCUAACACUUCCACCACUACACCUCAACGACCACCGUACCAAGAGAUUUACAGACUGGUCUCACAAGAUGACUUUCUUUUUCCUGGCACUCCCGAGCCUCAGUCAAGGUGUAAUAGUCUACAUGGAUCGUAUUCAAAAAUCACAGCAGAAGCACCUAAGGAAGAUCCUGUGUAAAAUUAUGUUGUCUUUACUUUUGCUGUGUUAAGUGAGCUUUUGAUCACAACAUCAUGUAAAGAAGCAGUAUACUGCUAUAAAUCUACACAAAUUGAUCACAAGAGCAUUGGAAUAUUUUUAAAAAUUUGUUUUCACUGUAAUCAAUAUUAGCUAGCAUAUAUUAUACAUUUAUAUUUGAAGCUAUGAACCAAUAGAAAUGUUUUGAUUACAAAAUGGUAAUUGUAGAUGAACUGCAUAUUUUUUUUCUAUGUGUCUAAGUCUUAUUAGAAGUUGAUAAAAUAUUUAUUAUUUUUAAUUGAGCUGUUCAAUACUUUAAUUGCUGUAUGUUAUGACAGGAGGUAUAACUUUAAUUAAAGAAGUAUUAUUAAUAAUAUAUAAUUAAGAAUAUGACACGGUAUAUUGGUAAUAAGAUUCUGUAAAAAUUAUAAAACAGAGUACCAUAUAAAAUACACCUAUUAGAAACAUAGAAACGUCUAUGGACAUGUGAGUCGGACAUCCCUUUAAGCACAGGGGCUUGUUUCAGAAGGAGUCCCAAAAACGUAAGAAAAUUUUGAGAAAAAGAAAUUUAAAAUGACAAUAAUAAUAACAAUACUCCUGUCACUUGCAAAGACAAUGAAUUUAUAGUCGUAUUAUGGAAACAGGUACAAAAAUAACAUUGGAUUACUGUCAUAUUUUUUACUUGGAUAAUUACUUAAUUAUUUUAAUUAACAGAUUAUUCAAUUGCCAAGUUAAAAAGGAAUAUUAAUAUAAUUGAUACAGUAUUUAUUUAGCUGUAAUACAGUGGAAGUUUCCAUUUAAAUUUUGAACAUUUCAACAUUUAGUUAACAUCAAUAAUUUGAUUUUAUUUGUAUUUCUACUUAUUUUGACUGGAUGUAUGUUUAAUACAACAGUACUAUUCUCCCUAAAUGAAAGCAAGAAGACUAAAGUUAAGUAUACAUUAUAACAUUGUGUAAUACCUUAUGUAACAGUUAACUCAGGUACUUCGAAAACAAUGCAAAUGUAUUUUAACAUGUGCCUUAAACAAUAUUUUGUAUCUUUAUGUAGAAAUUUAAAUAAAAAUUUCAAAAAUAUUCAUGUACCAUAAUAUAAUGUUGGGCAUCAGGCUAUAAAAAAAAAGAAAAUUCUUGUGUUGGCCUCGUUUUGGGAAAAUCCAAAAAAUGGGUAUGUUAGUAGGAAAAUGUUUUACUGAUUAUGUGUUUAUGCCUAAAAAGUAGAAAAUACACAAAAUUACAACAAAGACCAUACCAUUUUUAAAUCCAUAUUGAAGAGCAAACGACGCAUAACACUGUCGUAUCGCCUACCGUUGCAAGAUAAGCCUAUUCCAGCCUUUUUAGCUAAUUAAAAAAAUAUUUUCAUUGUAGUAAAAAUAAAUAAAUAAAAUGAAGACCCUACAUUCCGACCAUUUUGAGUUGGUCUGGGUUGGCCAACACAAUAUUUUUUUUUUAUUUGGCCUUAUGGCGAUACCCUAAGCACCACAUCAACACAUGUACCCAAUAGAAGCGUCAGUUGGACAGGUCUACCCAGGACCGCUCAUACGGGUCCAGGGGGCGAGGCUCUAGAGUAUGACAACUUAGGGUUAGAAAGGUUAUAAUUUUUUUUUAUCCCUGACAAGGUGGGGGAACCUCUCCACAGCCUGUUACUGGCACCACCCAUGCAAUAAUGCUGUACUUCAUCAGACAUUGUCAGAUCAUUGAAACGGUUAGAUCAAACAUUCCCCAAUCAAACAAGGCAUAUCUGAGAGCAUAUGCUUGGAUUAAGAAAUUAAAAAAAAUAUAUACACAAAUAGGUGCAAAUUUUUAUCAGUUUCUGUGUACUUUUUUGUGAUUCAAGUUUUACUGAUUUAAGAAAAUAUUUGAUGCAUAAUGUGUUUUAUAUUUUUUUCCUAUAUUGUUAUAAAAAUAGAACAUUAAUUAACAUAGAUUAAAUCUGUUUUUUACAAUCAUCAGUUUAACAUUUUUAGUUAAAUUGCGAGUUAAAAUCAUUGAGCAAUUGUAUUUUAUUCUGGUUCUGCUAAUGCUUAUAUUAAAACAAGUCUUUCUAUUAACCUAGAAUUGGUGCAAUAACUACAGUAGAUUUUUAAUAUAUAUUUUAUCACUUUGUAAUAUUAGCUACUAAAUACAAAUUAACUAUUUAAAUUGUUUUUUUUCUUGCCUAGGUAAUAUGCAUACAUUACAUCAUCCUUUAUUCUUUUUACAUAGACAGUAAUGAUAUGAGUUUGUAGUCAAUUAAAGGAACUGAAUAGUUUUAA